AGGAAUUUGCAAUGACGAGAGCGAUGAUGAUGAUGAUGAUGAUGAUGAGUGCACUUGUGUGACUGCUCUGCUCCCGUGGAAACUAAAAGACACUAUCAUCCAGCGCGUUUUGUGGAUUUUCGGUGAAAAACCUAUCCGUAUCUCCGCGCAAACAUGGGCAAAGACGAAUGCAAGACCAUGUUGGACGCGCUCAACAAAGUCACAGCUUGCUUCAGGCAUCUGGUCAUCGCUUUGGGGAGCACAUCUGAUUCCCAAAACCUCCGAGAGGAACUUAAAAAGACCCGAAAGAAAGCCCAGGAGCUGGCCGUGGCCAACAGGACUAAACUCACGGCGCUUCUGAAGGACAAAAACAUCAGCAAAGAUGAUCGAGCUGAAUACGAGCGCCUCUGGGUACUAUUCACCAGCAGCAUGGAGCUCCUGGAUGUGGACAUGAAGCGGUCCUUGGAGAUCGGGCAGGAUUUUCCUCUCAAAGUGCCGACGAGACACCUCAUCCAGACGGGAAUGACAGGCAGCACCACCACCGUGGCGGCUCGAGCCAUGAGCGUCCAAAACAUGAAGUACGAAGCCGACGCGAACAUCGACACGGUGGACCUCAAAGAGCUGGAGACCGAGAUCGCUCAGGUGGACCAGAUGAUGGAGGAGAUGGAGAUGAAGGUCCAGGUGGCGCCGUGGGCAGUCGAGGCGAAGCAAGAGGCAGGAGCCGAGUUGAAAUCCACCGUCAGCGUUGGGAAUUCAUCGGUUGGUGUCAUCUCGAUCUGCGAGGAGGAACCCAAAGAAACGGUGGAAGGAGAAACUGGGCUGAUGAAAGUAUUUGCAGGGAUCAUUUUCACCGCGGUUUUGCUCAUAGCUGGAAUUCUGGGGUACCUGGUGAUUAAUCUAUAAUGGAUGGAGAUAGUCUAUCUGAAUGACAGUGGCUCAGGGCUUUAGAUUUUCUUAUGGAGGAAGCAACACGUUGCUACGGUUGGCCUGUGAAAUUGUGGGGGUAAUUUAUGAUGCUCUUGGUGUGGAGAUAAGCAGAUCACCUCGAUGGGUAUUAGUAAAAUGCAUCAGUGUUUAAAGGGAAUAGCCAAAAGGAAUAAAAACUCUUCUGGUGGUCCAUCAUGAUUGGUUCCUCAACCCAUGAAUGUAAAAACUGGACAGAUCACAAUCAAAAGUGGGAUUGUCUCAUAAAAGCUUUUAUUUUAGCAAAUUGGAAUCCUAAAUUAACUGUCACUCUCACUAUCUGGCAGUUUCACCACUCGGCAGAUACCUACAACCUGAAGACAGACUACAACUUUGUGACCCUCUGUCAGAGCAUCAGAGGGAUGUGCAUAUUAAACAGGUAUUUGUUUCACAGUUUAUAUAGGUAGGUGACAUAUUUAAGGUUGCUCAUCGUGUUUCUGACCUCCUGAGGAUUCACACCAAGAUCUUGUUAGUCCUUCUGCAAGCUGUUGGUUUAUGUUUCUAUGGCCCAUCUUUGACUGCUUGUGCUCUUAGGUGUGUUCUGAAAAACAGUCUAUUAUAGUUUAUUUGUCUAUAUGAAUUGUACUCAUGUUAAAUUAGUGUAUAUACAAUAUAUUUAUUAUAAUAAAUGAAGUAAAUGAUGCUUGUGUUUUGUUUGGGUUUUUAGGCUGUUCUGUUAAAGGCACAUUAUGUAAGA